AUGCAUCUUGCAAUCUGGCUGGUUGGACUAACGUGUCAUUUGUCAGCACUCGUCAGCGAGACUCUGCAGUACCGAUUGCAUCCGAAACAAGAGCGCUUCGUCAAGCGGCUGUCAUCGUACGAGAUCGUCACCCCGCUGCGAGUGAAUGACUUCGGAGAAGCGUUCCCGCACACGCUGCACUACAGAAGGAGACGGAGGAGUUUAAAGGAUGACCUGUCGGGCUUGCGGCUCCUCUACAGGAUCGAGGCGUUCGGCGAGCGCUUCCAUCUCAACCUGAGCGCAGACUCCAGCUUCAUCGCUCCCUCUUACACGGUGACACACCUGGGCGCCGACGUGGGCAGCGACUCGCCCUUCCACGACCCCGGCGACCUGCGGCACUGCUUUUUCCGCGGGGACGUCAACGCAAAGAGCGAGCACCCCGCUGUGUUCAGCCUGUGCUCUGGUCUGGUUGGAACAUUUACGACGCAGCACGCCGAGUACUUCUUGGAGCCUCUUUUGAAUGCAUCUGGGGAGGAAUAUGACGAAGAGCACAACAAACCGCAUCUCGUUUAUCGACACGAGAGGAGAAGGAACGCCUCACAUCCCGACGAACCCUGCGCUGCCUCAGGGAGCUCCAAGGGGUCGGCCUCUUUUAUGAGCAGAGGGAAUAUGGUUGAGGAAGUGGAUUCUGUCAGAGCCACAAUAAAUCAGCAUCACAUUGAUGAGAACAACACCAGGCGCAACAGCACGAGUACCCCGCGGAGGCACAAGCGCUUCCUCUCCUAUCCUCGCUACGUUGAACUGAUGGUGACGGCAGACGCCAAAAUGGCCCGCCACCAUGGACGCAACCUGGAGCACUACAUCCUAACAAUCAUGUCAGUAGUAGCAGCGGUGUACAGGGACCCCAGUGUGGGAAACCUCAUUAACAUCAUGAUCGUCAAGCUAGUCAUCCUCCACAAUGAGCAGGAAGGGCCCACUGUGAGCUUCAACGCUGCCACCACGCUCCACAACUUCUGUGUCUGGCAGCAGAGCCAAAAUGUCCAGGACGACAGCGACCCUUCUCACCAUGACACGGCGCUUCUCAUCACCAGGGAAGACAUUUGCCGUGCAAAAGAUAAAUGUGACACAUUAGGGCUUGCAGAGCUCGGCACCAUGUGCGAUCCGUUCCGCAGCUGCUCAAUCAGUGAAGAAAAUGGAAUUAGUGCCUCCUUCACCAUCGCUCAUGAGCUGGGCCAUGUGUUCAAUAUGCCUCAUGAUGACAAUCCCAAGUGCAGAGAGGCAGGCAUGAAGCACCAGUAUCAUGUCAUGGCUCCUACCCUCAACUAUGACACCAAUCCUUGGUCCUGGUCCAAGUGCAGUCGCAAGUACAUCACAGAGUUUCUAGACACUGGAUACGGGGAGUGCCUCCUUGAUGAGCCUGUCGGCAGAACAUAUGAGCUUCCCACUCUCCUCCCGGGUCAGAUCUACAAUGCCAACAAACAGUGCGAACUGAUGUUUGGGCCUGGUUCUCAAAUUUGCCCUUAUAUGAAACAGUGCAAACGGUUGUGGUGUACGAGUGCAGAGGGGGACCAUAAAGGCUGUCGCACCCAGCACAUGCCUCUGGCUGAUGGGACUGACUGUGGUCAUGGAAUGUAUUGCAAACAUGGGAUGUGCAUAAACAAGGAGUUGGAGAUGCAGCCUGUGAAUGGAGAGUGGGGUCCCUGGGGGCCCUACAGUGUUUGCUCCAGGUCCUGUGGUGGAGGAACAAGGAGCACCACCAGAGACUGCAACAAACCUGAGCCAAGAAAUGGCGGGAGAUUCUGCGUGGGCCGCAGGAUGAAGUUCCGCUCCUGCAACACUGAGCCGUGUCCACGAGGAAGGAAGGAUUUCCGAGAAGAGCAAUGCUCUCAGUUUGACGGCAAGCACUUUAAUAUCAACGGUCUACCUCCCUCCGUCCGAUGGGUCCCCAAGUACAGCGGCAUUCUAAUGAAGGAUCGCUGUAAGCUCUUUUGCCGGGUCGCUGGCACCAUGGCCUACUACCAGCUCAAGGACCGUGUGGUGGACGGCACCCCAUGUAGUCCAGACACUUACGACAUCUGUGUUCAAGGCCUCUGCCGGCAAGCAGGCUGCGACCAUGUUCUCAACUCGAAGGCAAGGAAUGACAAGUGUGGAGUGUGUGGUGGAGACAACUCGUCAUGUAAAACUCUGGCGGGGACCUUCAACAACGCCCAGUAUGGCUACAACACAGUUGUGCGAAUCCCAGCUGGAGCCACCAACAUUGAUAUCAAGCAGGUUAGCUACUCUGGAAAACCAGAAGAUGACAACUAUCUCGCGUUGUCUGACAGCCAAUCCAACUUCCUCCUGAAUGGGAACUUUGUGGUGGCAAUGUUCAAAAGGGAAAUCACCGUCAAGGGGACUGUCAUCGAGUACAGCGGCUCAGAUACUAAAGUUGAGCGCAUCAAUUGCACAGACCGCAUUGAUGAGGAGCUUAUUUUACAGGUCCUUUGUGUGGGAAACCUUUACAACCCAGAUGUGCGUUACUCCUUCAACGUACCCAUCGAGGAGAAAAGAGAGCAGUUUGUGUGGGAUCCCUCAGGCUCCUGGCUUGAAUGCAGCAGCCUGUGUCAGGGUGAGAGACGGCGGAAGGCGGUGUGCGUUCGGAAGAGCGAUCAUCUUGAAGUAUCGGACCAACGCUGUGAACACUUACCUCGUCCUGUUGCUGUUCCUGAGCCCUGCAACACUGACUGUGAAGUCAGAUGGCACGUCGUUGGAAAAAGCGAGUGUUCAGCAAAAUGCGGCCCCGGCUACCGCAGCCUGGAUGUUCGGUGUAUGAAGUAUAGCCAGAUGAAGAGAAGGAGCGAGAGGAUGGAGGCUAGUGUCUGCGCUGACAUCACCAAACCUCAGAUGAGAGAGGCCUGCCAUGGGGAUUGCCUGCUUAAGAGCUGGCAGUACAGCGCUUGGUCACAGUGCUCUAAGACGUGUGGACGGGGGAUCCGUAGCAGAGAGUCUUACUGUAUGAACAACCUGGGCCGGCGAUUGGUGGACAGAGAGUGCAGCGAAUACGAGAGGGUGGUAACGGAGCCCUGCGACGAGCAGCCAUGUCCAAAGUGGGCAGUCAGUGAGUGGAGCGAGUGUCUGGUGACCUGUGGGAAGGGGAUGAGACACCGACAAGUGUCCUGCACCAGGGGAGGUGGGGAAGAAAAGCUGAGCGAACAUUUCUGCGACCCGUCCAGUAAACCUCCCGCUGUGGGAAGCUGCGAACUCCCUGAGUGCGCAACAUGGCAGGUCGGCGUCUGGGGAGCGUGUGCUGUGACCUGUGGACAUGGGUACCAGAUGAGGGCUGUGAGAUGCGUCCUAGGUGACUAUGGUGACACAGUAGAUGACAAAGAGUGCAAUGCUGCAGCGCGGCCCAGAGACAGUCAGGACUGUGAGAUGCCUGCCUGUCCACGGACCUCUGCAUCCCAAAUUACACCUCGCCCUGAGAACUCCGUUCAGCUUGGGACUCAGUGGAGAUACGGCUCCUGGACCGCGUGCUCGGUGUCCUGUGGCAAGGGGAAGCGGGCACGUUAUGUCAGUUGUAGAGACACACAGGGAGGAGUCGCGGACGAAUCGUACUGCGUUCACCUGCCCCGCCCUCCGGAGUUCGCCACCUGCUUCAGCCCCUGUGGCCAGUGGCAUGCCAGAGAGUGGUCUGCUUGUUCAGUGACAUGUGGUGUUGGACGGGCUACCAGACAGGUGGUCUGCUCCAACUACCACCAGCCGGUGGAGCAGUCUUUGUGUGACCCCGAUGAAAGACCGGCCACUGAGCAAGAGUGCACCACUGCUCCCUGCCCCUCUACCUACAACCGACAGCACAUUUAUGAGCAGCCAUACGGAUAUCCUCAGGAUCCAGGCCGUCAUCCGGGACACAGUAGCUGGAACGUCCCGUCUGCAGACAACCAAUGGAGGACGGGACCGUGGGGCGCAUGUUCCAGCACCUGUGCAGGAGGCUUUCAGAGGCGAGUGGUGGUCUGUCAGGAUGCCGAUGGGCGCAGCAACAGUUACUGUGAUGAAAGGGUCAAACCUGCCGAGUCCAAGAACUGCGACUCUGGGCCCUGCCCUCUGUGGAACUACGGGGUGUGGGGAGAGUGUACCCAGACUUGUGGUGGAGGGAGAAUGACUCGCUUAGUGGUGUGUCAAAGGCCCAACGGACAGAGGCUCAAUGACUAUAACUGUGACAUCCUGGACAAGCCGCCUGACAUGGAGCAGUGCAACCCCCAGUCCUGCCCAGGCUCUGCAUCCUGGCAUCGGCGACCAUGGAAGCCGUGUUCAGUGAGCUGUGGCCGUGGCACCAAGCAGAGGGAGAUAGCCUGUGUUGUCCAGAACCAAACCCAAAUAGAGGACGCUCACUGCAGUCAUCUGUCCCGGCCACGGACACAGAAGGCCUGCCGAGCUCGAGGAUGCCCUGCUUGGAAAGCUAACAGGUGGCGGGAGUGCUCUGUCACCUGUGGGUCUGGAGUUCAGGAGCGAGAUGUUUACUGCAGACUCAAAGGUUUGGGACGAGUUAGAGAAGAUCUAUGUGAUCCUCACGUACGUCCUCAAGCAGUUCAAGUGUGCCACAAAGCAGAAUGCACACAUUACAUCUGGGCAGUGGGUGAAUGGGAACAAUGUAAUGCAACAUGUGGGGAAGGCAUGAAGAGCAGAGAGGUGAGAUGUGUGGGGCCAGGUCCAUCCCCUGCUCCCGCUCAGGAUGACUACUGUGAACCAUCAGCCAGGCCCUCAUCUCUCCAGCACUGCAGAGAAGAGCCCUGUCGCUACAUGUGGAUAUCAGGGGAAUGGUCACAGUGCUCGGCCAGCUGUGGUGUUGGCUACCAGCAGCGGAUCGUCUCCUGUUCUUUGAUGCCCUCCUCCUCCUCGUCGCACGCUCAGCGUUUCUAUACUCAGCCUUCCGCUGACAGCAAAAACUGCCUCGAGCCUCACCCUCCUGCUACCCAGCCUUGCCUCCUCAGGGAAUGUCCUCACACCUCCUACUGGAAAGUUGGCCCUUGGACAAAGUGUUCACAGACCUGUGGGUCAGGAGUGAUGGAACGCAGGGUGGAGUGUGUGACCUCCAAAGGACAACUGUCUAAACACUGCCGUCCAUCAGAGAGACCUGAAUCUCAAGCUUCAUGUCAGGAGAGACAAUGUCAGGUGUUCACUUCCUGCCGAGAGGUGCAGCUGAGGCAGAGUGUCAGACUGGAUGGGGAAUAUUAUCUUAAAGUCAAGUUUCGGACCCUACAGAUUUACUGCGCUGAGAUGCAGACGGAUUUCCCGAAGGAGUAUGUAACCCUGCGCAGCGGUCAGACAGACAACUACUCCGAGGUGUAUGGGCACAGGUUGAUUAACCCCUUCGAAUGUCCGUACAAUGGCAGCCGCAGUCGGGACUGCAACUGCAGAAAUGACUAUUCAGCAUCAGGGUACACGCUCUUCCACAAAGUUCGCCUGGAUCUAAACUCCCUGCGGAUAAUGAUCACAGACCUCCAGUUUUCCCAGACUAUUCACGGCCGGCCUGUACCAUUUGCUACAGCAGGAGAUUGUUAUAGUGCAGCCAAGUGUCCACAGGGCCAGUUUAGUAUUAACCUGAUUGGAACGGGUCUUAAAGUGGCUCCAAACACCAAAUGGACAUCUCAAGGGAACUAUGUUUCUAUUAAGGUCCACAGAUCUGAGGAUGGAACAAGAAUUUACGGCCGCUGCGGUGGUUUCUGUGGGAAGUGCAUUCCCCACGCUCAAAAUGGUCUUCUCCUCCAAGUUCACUGAGAGCCAAGCUGAAAACAAAUCUCUAAAUUCAAUUUGAUGACAGUGGGCCAGGAAUGCACAAUAACCGUAAUUUGUUGGAUCCAGUUGUUGGCUUCGAGCACAAAGGACGAGCAUCAACUGUGACAUCUCCGGUUCCCAGAUGGCAGCUAAAAGACACAGAACACAGCCCACUUAUGCAGCACGCGGUCACCAUAAAGUGUUUCAUUAAAACUGAAGACGAGCCAGCUGUAUUCGCUUGCCAGCCAUUUUGCUGUGGCACUGUUUUGUGGUUUGGAAAUGUUUUGGAGUCAGGACCUAAUAGUCAAGAACUAGAAACAGAAGGAAUACAGUGUCAUCCUUUCUCUUUUCAAGUGAAAUAGUUUCAUCUUAAAACAGCUUUUUCUAGUUUGUGAAUUCAAAGGGUUUCUCCGGAUAACAGUUUGCAGGUAGUGACACAGUGUUUUACACAAAAAAUAUUAACAAAUUAUUGGUUAUCCAUGUAUAUAGCUAAGACAGUAAAUCUCUUAUGUAAAUAGGCCUUUUCAAGGUACCUAAGUAAUAAUGGCAUUCCUGGUCAAAGUAUAGGAAAACAUUGUUACCUACAGUAUGUGUUCCAACUGCAGUCCAUGUUUCAUCUUCAGUUGUCAGAUACAGUAAUCUUGAUCCUCAUCGGCACCACUGGUAAAGAUGUGUAAAAAACUAGAUUAGGCUUUUUCUUUUCCUUCAAGAUCCUCUGAGUCGUUUGUGAACAACAAAUUAUUUAAACAAGUGCCAAAUGUAGGAUUGGAAACUCUGUAGCUGUAAACAAAUAAAUGUCAUUUUAUCAGUGUUAAACUUAACUCACUCACCAAUGACAUUCCGGAUGCUGCAGUCUGUAAUAUUCCUCUUCUUUGAAGCAACAGAUGUUUUUUUCAGUGUUUUGCAGGACAGCUGCAAUAUUCUGCUCCAACACAGCGUUACCUAAACUAAGAAAGCUACUAUACUGUCCUGACACUGUCACCUAAAACACACACAGCUUCAUCUCGGCUGUUCUUGCACCUGCAUCCGGAGAACUUUGCUGAUGUAGUAAGCUAGCAUUAGCAUGUUUGUUUUGAUAUUCCUUGUUGAUAAUACGGCUUAAUAUAUUUGAAUCCAGUUCCAGGUAAUUAUGUGUGGACAGAAAUUACAAAAAAAUGUUUUUCCUAGUUCAAGAACUUCAUACUUUGUUUUGAAUGUCAUAAAACUUAACGCCUAUUGUUUGAGUUGCUACAUACGCUAAAAUCUGUCUUUGAAGGAAGCAAGCAGAGCAGGUGAAGUAACAAUCAAAUACCAGUCCUCUUAAAUAAUGAGCCAGAAUGGCCAGAUCAAUACAAUGAUUAUCCAGACAUACAAUUCGCCUUUUUCUAUGUCCACCUCAGUCACCAGACCUAAAUCCUGCAGAAAACCUGUGGUGUGGGCUGCAGAGAAGAUGUCAAAAGGGAGAGCACUGGACUCUGAAGAGUCUAGAGUUUAUACAAAGAGCUCAGACAUCCCUCAUUCUAAAUUGUCUAAUAAUAAAAGAUGAUUUUAACACAUCUUUACCUGGUUAGCCAAAAAAACGGCGCUCAACGCCUUACUACUGAAUGUCACUGAGAAUCACAUUGACACACUAACUGUUCUGAUUAAUGUCUGUGAGGAAAAAAAAAAACUGAUUAGUCUAUUUCUAAGAGUUUGAGCUGAGUGUAAAAGAGUUUUACUCAUUACUAUACAAGUUCUUGUCUGUUACAGUGCAUGACACAGGAUCAGGUGUGGGGUCUCACCCUCUCCGUUUGGUCUGCUGUAGGUUCUCACAACCCUACCUCUAAUAAGCAUCCAUACUCUGAAACGUGUUGUAAUUUAUUUAUGUUCAUCCAUAUUUAUUCUGUACUUACUUUUGAAUAUGUUGUUUUUAAUCUGAUACAAUGACUACUACCAGCAGAGGACACAUUCUCUGCUUUGCCAAAAAAGUACUCUAAUAGUGUAUUUUAUAACCACUAACCUGAAUGUAUGGUGCUUUUUAACUACUAGAAUUACCUCUGAUCUAAAGAAGGAAAAUACCGAUGUUUGGAGUAACACGUGGCUUUGGCAGAGCCUUAUUUGUUCUAACUGACUGAGUUAGAAAUCUCUUCAGCUGAUGUACAAUCUGCUCCUAAAGCAGACCAGAGUACUGUUGUGACACAUGAUUUUUAGGAAUAUAAACUGAAAUUUUCCAUGGCAAAUCUCCUCCUGCAGAAGAAAUUAACUCCUCGACAACAGCUGUUACCGUGACAACCAUCAUGUAACCUAACACACUGGCACGCAGAUGUUGAGCUUUUAACCAAAGUUGGGAAACAGAUCCGGAUUAUAUUUUCUCCUCAGACGAUGCAGCUUCCUUUGAUUUAAAGAACGGCUGAAAAUGAUAAGUCACUGAGCAGCUAGAAAACCUUUGGCUGUCGUUUUUUUUUCUCUUUCUUUUUUUAAUGACGGACAAUUGUGUUAUGAGAUCUGUAUCAGAAGUUCGAAGAAUACUUGAUGCACUAUGUGCCAUUAGUUUUGUAGAAAUGUAAUCCUGUAUGUUUUUGUAAUAACCAUUACACUGUAACUUAUGUGUUUUUUUUUAAUAUUCAAUACUUGAAUUGUAAACAGUAUAUAAUGUAUUGAAUGGGCAUUGGUAUGGAACAGAGAAUCGUUGUGCUUGCUUGCCCUGCUGUAUCCAAAGAUGUAUUUAGAAGAAUAUGUAUAUACAUUAUGUGUGUGUGUGUGUGUAUGUAUAUAUAUAUAUAUAUAUAUAUAUAUAUAUAUAUAUAUAUAUAUAUAUAUAUAUAUAUAUAUAUAUAUAUAUAUAUAUACAGAAUGUAUGAAUGUGUGUAUGAAUGCAUAGAUGUAUGGAUGAGGGGUGAAUAUUUCCUGAAUGAAAUGUAUAAUUCUGGUGCUACACAUGGUUACUAAUCAUAAAGUUACUAUAUGUAUCAUUAUACUAAAACGGGAAGUAGAAACACAGAAAAAUAAAAUCUGCUUUUGAGCAACAAA